AUGAAAGAUGCAUUCAUUUCAGAUAAUCAAGGGUUGGAAAAAUUAAUGAAUAGAGACACUUCAUCAAAUCAAUCACAUCAAAUUACUUUAGGUAAUUUAAGGGGUUAUGCAGUACUUCUUGAAAAUUCUUUGGAUCAUAUUCCGGAAGAAGUUGAAAAGACCUUUAUUGAGAAUUUUGCAUUUCGGUUUACUUACCUUUCUCUUCAAUUGUUUUAUAAAUUUGAAGUUCAAGCUAUAAGGAUUACUGGUAUGGUUGAGUGUCUGACUCAAGGACCUCCACCGGAAAUUGAAACUUGUCUUAGAUUGCAAUUGGCACAGGCACAUUUAUUGUUAGAUGACAUUGAUCAUGCUUCUAUUGAUCAACUUGAAUGGGAAGAGGUAGCAGUGAUUUCAAUUUGGGAAGAUUAUUGGUCUCAAAUGGAGAAGUCUACAUGGAAGAGCAUGAAGGUGGAGAACCUGUUGAAGGCUGUUGAUGAAGUUCGUAUUGGCAUUGCAUUCUUAGAAGAUGACUUGUGUAGCAGUACAGAUGAGAAUAUGUCAAUAUUCAGUUCUUGUGAGGAAUAG